GUGCGUCGGGGCGUGUGUUUGUGCAGUCCGGGCUUGUCGAACAACAAGAUUGUUCUCCCUGGCAUGCGAGCCCGUAUCGCCGCGCCCCGCCGUGAGAUGUGAAGCGCAGCCGCUGUGCGUGCUUUGAUUAUCGCCAGGGAGGUGUGAGUGGGUCGACAAGCUGGCCGAGGCGCCGCGAAUCUGUGCUGCUGGUCCCGACUAGCGAUGCCGCCUGGAUAUAUCAAAACCAACAGCUCGCACACCACCACCGCUUCCAAAUUCUUGGUCCAUAUGCACUUCUCUGCAUAGACAACAUCACCACCUCUGCGAGGUCUGGCCUGGUGCUAACACACUCCUUCAACACAAACACACACUCACUUCAAAAAGAGUCCCUUCGACUCGUCCGCUCCUUUGGGAUCCAGAGCACCACUUUCAUUCUUGGACCACCGCCAGCAGCUUCGACAGCGCCGGCUUCACUUCUUGACAUUCAGCAGCAGCAGCAGUAGAAACAAAACAGAACUUCAGACGACAGAUACCUCAAGAUGCUUCACUUGUACCUCUUCGCCGUGCUUUCCGCGCUGGCUUUCCGCGUCUCAACAGCCGCCACGGUCAUGGCGCACUUCAUGCUCAUGAACUCGUUCGCCUACGACGUCGACAUGUGGAAGAAGGACAUGGCCGCCGCUCAGCAGAUCGGCGUGGACGGAUUCGCGAUCAACUGGACGCCGCCGGAUUGCAAUGGCGACGGCAGCUGGUAUGUCGAUAGAAUCGAAGAUGCCUACACCGCCGCGGAAGACGUGGGCUUCAAGCUCAUGUACUCCUUCGACAUGAGCUACUCCGUCUGCAACAUCUACUGGAACACGACAUUCAUGCAGGACAUCAUCACAAAGCACGCCGGCAGCCCCGCCACAUACCGCUGGAACAGCAACAUCCUGGUUUCCACGUACGGCGGCGACAUGGUCGGGCACUACGGCAACCAAUUCUUCCAAACACUAAAGGACAACAUGAAGUACUGGAACAAUGCCAUCACUCUCGCACCUGCUCUGACAACCUACUCAAUGGCUGGAUACAACAACCCAGAGUCCUCCGCCAAGAAACUGAUCAACGACUUCCCCUCCAUCGAUGGCUACUUCAACUGGCAAGCCUGGCCGCUCAACGUUGAUGCCAACAUCACUUCCACACCCGACAAAGCGUUCCAGUCCGCACUCAAGAAUGCCGGCAAGACAGGUCCUUACAUUAUGGCAAUGUCUCCAUGGCAGUACAAGGAUCUCGACAGCGGCAACCCACUCGACGCCUGGGUGGCUUACAGCGACACCCUCUUCCCCAACCGAUUCAAGCAAAUCACAAGCGAUGACGAGAUCCAGCCAGACAUCAUUGAGAUCUUGACAUGGAACGAUUUCUGCGAGUCGCACUACAUUCGCGAUCUUCCCUCCCAAGACAUCAAGGCCAAAGACUACGUUGAGCUUGGUGACAUGGGCGCUUACGUCUGGGGCCAGAACCACGCCCCCUGGCGCAUCAUUGCCAAGUACUACAUCACCUGGUGGAAGACUGGUACCCCACCUCCGAUCACGAUGGACCAAGUUGUCUUCUGGCACCGCAUCCACCCCAAGGCAACUCUCUGCCUCGGUGGCUCUUCCACCGGUAUCCGCAACAACCAAUUCCCCGAAGACGCAGUCUUCGCCUGGGCCCUCGUCAAAGACGCCGCCACAAUUUCCAUGUCAGUCGGUAGCAACAAAUACUGGACAUUCUCGGCCGAUGGGAGCGGACCUGCUAUGGGCAGAGUCCCCUUCCCAGCCUACGUGUCCGGCUCAGGCGUUACACCCGAAGUCUCAAUCAUGCGUGGCGGAAAGGUAGUAGCAGUCUCUGAUAGCAGUGUUCCCAUCUCGACGAACUGUGCAUACCAAAACUUCAACCCCGUUGUCAACCUCGUCGGCGACGGCAUCAACAGGUAAGUCAGUCGAGAGCCCGUAACUCAAUACGGGAACUAGACUGACAACCUCAUGGUACCUCAUCAACGACCUGAAACCGAAAACGCAACGCAACGCCAUGAACAAAAGACCACUUCACUUCUUCGAAACAACCCUCAGCUCAGCAAAGACUUGAUCGCGCUGCUACUUUUUCUUCAACCACUGCAUUAGCCUGGAGCUUUUUUUUCACGCACGCGUGUCUUUCGAAUUUUUUGUAUGAUUGUUACGCGCAACAUGGGCAUGAGAAAGGGAGAAAACAUAGAGUCUAGAAUUAGCGAUGGUGUUUUCUUUUCUCUUCUUGCAUGGACACUGGACAGUCGAGGGAACACUAUACGAAGACCAACCUACGUCUCAGAUAGCAUUUCUGCCAGUAAAUUUUUACUGCUGCUGUAUCUGCGCCUUUUGCUCAAUGAAAACAAG